AUGACCGCCGAGGUUGAGCAGGCCCUCGACACUACCGAUGAGGCAGCCUUCAUUCCGACAUUGCCACCUUCAGAUAGCCAUGGAAGCGGCCACAGCCCGCAGAUUUCACCUGCCAAAAAAUACACAAACAACAGCCAUCCCAACUUGCCUUCCAUCAACCAAAUCACGCCAAACUUGCACGACGCGUACCGUACACGCAGGAUUCCCCUGCCUCCAGGGUUUUCUCGCCCAUCGUCCGCUGGGCAACCGUCUACUGCACCACUUGCUCCUUCUGAAGAGGACUGCAAUCGGUCAUUUCCUUUGGAGAAUGUUCAAGAGGCCUGUCUAUUGAGAUACUGGAUUGAGGAAAUCUCUCAUUGGUUUGACCUCUGUGACGAAAGCCGACACUUCCAUCUCGUGGUGCCUACCGUAGCCAGGCAUCACCCUCACCUUCUCAAUGCCGUCUUUGCCGUUGCAGCUCGCCAUCUCAGCCGUCUCCCGCAAUACAAGACGCAGCACGGUAUACUAUACCAUGGCCAGUUUCUCCCGCACCUAGACGAGCACUCGGCGGUGGAAUACAUGCUGCAAUGCAUGCCAGCUCUUCGCCAGUUUCACGAUGUCCGGGAUGACGACUGUAGAGACAGCAUCGUCGCCACAGCAGUGAUUCUUCGCCAGCUCGAAGAGAUAGACCAUGAAGAUGACCACAUUCAGCUAUACGGUCAAACAGCUGGCGUCCCUUCUGGGGCUGGGAAAAAAGUCAACUUUCUGGCCAUUAUAGACGCAGUUUUGAGAAGCACUCCGUCACAGUCCGUCUUUGGGCGUAGAAGCCUGAUGCAGGCGGCGUACUGGAUGGCCUUGAGACAAGAAAUUUACCAUUCCUUCACGCACAUGGAAGCUCCCAAGCUCAUCUUGCCCGCCGAAUUCUGGCACAGUGCAUCCCCGGCCAACAAGACAGUAAUGCACCUAGCUGAGGUUGCGAAAUGGAAGUGGGCCGACAGCUCCUCCGUCGAAUGGGCAAGGCUGGUGGAACAACAAGAUUAUGUGGAGAAGAAUAUUUUAGCAGAUAUCCGGCCGAUAUACAAGAAACCGGCCGACAAAACCAGAGGCGAGAUUUUUCCAACAGUCUGGUAUCGGUCUAAUAUUGAGGUGACGACGAUGCAAUUCAGCCUCUUGGCUAAAUCUGUCCUGGUAGCCGAGAAUCCGCAGCUAAAGCUAUAUUCCGCCAGCCGGUCAAGCUGGAGACUAGUGGAAAAUGAGGUGAGAUUAUUGCUGCUGGAGCAGAGCGGCAUCGCCUUGUGCAAUCCGGCGUCGCCUCCGGCCCUUGUCCACGCUGCCUUUGGCAUCCAGGUGUAUGGGGAAUUCUUCACCGACCAGUACGAGCGCCGAGCCAUUCGGACCGUGGUGGAAAAGUACAGGGACACGCAUGCAUGGCCGGUGCAGCGUUUGCUGGACAUGUUUCAAUGA